UCCUUCGCCUUUUCUCCCCUCCUUUCUCUCCCCAGGCAUUAUUCUUCCAGAAAUUGCAAAGCGAGGGAUGUUCUCUGGCCUGCUUCCAGCUCAGGGGGAGAUCCACGGGCCCAGGGUGGUUCUGACGGCGGAUCCAAAGCCCAGGCUCCGAUGGACCGCCGACCUACACGAGCGCUUCGUCGAUGCCGUUGCUCAGCUCGGAGGCCCAGAAAAAGCAACUCCAAAGACUAUCAUGCGAACAAUGGGUGUGAAAGGGCUUACACUUUUUCACCUUAAGAGUCAUCUCCAGAAAUACAGAUUAGGUAAACAAUCAGGCAAAGAGAUAUCAGAGCAAUCCAAAGAUGCCUCUUAUCUUUUGGAAACCCCAACCAGCAGUGCAUUGUCUCCAAGCGUGGGUACUCCUGAUGCGAAUGAGGGGCAGGAAGUCAAAGAAGCUUUAAGAGCUCAGAUGGAAGUUCAGCGAAGACUUCAUGAACAAGUGGAGGUCCAAAAGCAUGUACAAAUCCGAAUGGAUGCCUAUCACAAAUACAUCGAUGCCUUACUAGAUAAGGCAUGCAAGAUUGCACAUGAGCAGAUAGUUUCCGCUGGCUUAAACAACCCAUUCAUGUGCGCCUCUUCUGUACCUCUCAGCCCAUCUUCGUUGCCUCAGAUAUCAGUUGAAGCAAAGUCCUCACUCUCCUCCAUUACAGAAGGCCAGUUUCUCUACCAGAAGUCCCCGCAACUAAAGAGGAACUUAACGUAGACUGGUAUCUCUGUUUCCCAAUUUUACCAAUAAUUUGGUGAAGUUUCAUGGAGCUUUGAUUUUGAAUGAGAAGUGUUGGGGGUGUCUUCUCUUGUGAUGAGAAGUCUCACUUGAAAUUGGUACUGUGGUGGAUUUGUCAUUGGUUAUGUGCUCACUCUCUUUAACCAAGCAAGAUUUUAUCUAAAUGCUUCCUUUUACCAACUUGUGUUAUCUGCCUUCUUGUUGAACUUGUUUAUGUGUAUAUGAGCUCAGAUGCACAUCUAGUUUGUGAUUCUAAUAUAUUUUGCAGGGGAUGAAAUGACUGAUAUUGAUAGAAAUACA